AAACGAAUUAAAAGUCUUUCAAUUUCUUUGACCGUUGAUUUAACGUAGCAUUGAAGCUUUCUCAGAGAAGAAGACGCUGAGAACAUUUCAGAACUUGUUUUGAAGCAUCAUUGGAAGAAAGUGAAAAAAAAGAAGAAUGAAACUUUGAUUCCUUACUACAGAUUCAAGAUUCCAACUUUGAGAGAAGAAGAAGAAGGGACAAGACAAAGUUAGUUACUUCGUGUUUGUGUUUUCUCCUCUGUUCAUCAAUGGCUGAAGAUGUGUAAAGUUAUGAUAUUGAAGUGCAGAAAGCUCUAACAGAUCUGAGGUUUAUUACAUUUUUCUAUCAAAAUUGUGGGUAAUCUCAGUGAUCUGGUUUUGCGUGAGUGAUCUGGAAUUUGGUGGGAAGCAAGUAAAGUUGAUUUUUUAUUAACGAUCUGGGUUUGAUCUAUUACAUCAUCAUCAUCUUCUCUGCUUUGUCUUGAAGCUUGGUGUUUUUGAGUAAAUUAGGGUUUAAUCAAAAGGUGUUAUUAGCUGUGUGUGAUCUUGAAAGUUGCUACUUCUUCACGUUUAGUGCUUCUUGGUUGGUAAAGUUUGGUGCUUUCAGGAUACUGUCAUACUCAAAGUCUGCAAAUUUUAGGUUCUUUGGGUUCUUGAUUUAGUGAUUUUGAUUCAUCUUCUUGGAGGGGGAAAGAUUUCAACUUCUUUGGAUGACUAGUAGAUUUGUUGAUCGGAAUUGAAAUGGCAACAACUCCGGUACAACCUCCGGUUUCAAAUUCUCCACCGUCUCUUCCGGUAGCUUCACCGCCGAGUUCUCCUCCAAGUAUUAAUGACACUUCAACAUCAGUUCCUGCAAUACCACCAACAUUAACAUCGCCGCUUCCUCCGUCAGCGCCACCACCAAACAGAGCUCCUCCUCCGGUUGUGACUUCACCACCACCAGUACCAAAUGGAGCAUCUCCUCCUCCUCCUCUGCCAAAAUCACCUGAGAGCUCUCCUCCACCACCGCAGCCAGUGCUCCCUUCACCUCCUCCUUCAAUUUCACCGCCACCACCACCAACGGUGCAGCCACCAAGUAGUCCUCCUCCGUCACCUGCAUUAGUCCCACCAUUACCUUCUUCUCCUCCAACUCCUGCAUCUGUUCCUCCUCCACGGCCUUCGCCUUCACCACCACCACCAAUCUUUGAACGUUCUCCUCCUCCACCUCCACCAUCACAGCGUCCAAUUCAAUCUCCUCCUCCUCCUUCACCGCCUUCAGAACGUCCCGUUCAAUCUCCUCCUCCUCCUUCACCGCCUUCAGAGCGUCCCGUUCAGUCUCCUCCUCCUCCUCUUCCUUCACCGCCCACGCAGUCUCCUCCUUCACCACCUAAGGAUACUAAACCUUCACCUCCCAAGAGAAGUCCAGAUUCUCCACCGCCAACGAUCUCUUCUCCUCCCCCACAAAUACUUGUCCCAGGUUCUGACAAUCCUUCUCAGAACAUCCCUACUAUUAGGCCUUCUCCUGAUAGCUCAAAUUCUAGUAAUGGUAGUGGAAUUGGUGCUGGUGCGGUUGUUGGAAUCAGUGUGGCAGUGGCACUUGUGGUGUUCAGUCUUAUUGGAAUUUUUGUCUGGUGCUUGAGGAGACGAGAAAAACGUCUUUCAGCUGUUAGUGGUGGGGAUGUUACUCCAUCACCAAUGAGCUCUACCGCAAGAUCAGAUUCAGCAUUUUUUCGGAUGCAGUCAUCUGCACCUGUUGUAGCUAGCAAGCGUUCAGGAAGUCAUAAUAUGUAUUUCUCACAGUCACAAUCUGGCGGCUUAGGCAAUUCGAAAGCAUUGUUUUCCUACGACGAACUUGUGAAGGCAACAAAUGGGUUUUCAGAAGUAAAUCUAUUGGGUGAAGGUGGAUUUGGUAGUGUAUAUAAAGGAAUAUUACCGGAUGGGAGAGUAGUUGCUGUGAAGCAACUUAAAAUCGGUGGAGGACAAGGCGACCGAGAGUUUAAAGCCGAAGUUGAGACUCUUAGCAGAAUUCACCACCGCCAUUUGGUUUCCAUCGUGGGACAUUGCAUCUCUGGUGACCGCAGAUUGCUCAUUUACGAUUAUGUCUCUAACAACGACCUUUACUACCACCUUCAUGGAGCAAAAUCUGCUCUGGACUGGGCAACACGUGUUAGAAUUGCUGCUGGUGCUGCUCGUGGACUAGCUUAUCUUCAUGAAGAUUGUCACCCGCGUAUCAUUCACAGGGACAUUAAGUCGUCUAACAUUCUUUUAGAGGACAACUUUGAUGCUCGGGUUUCUGACUUUGGUCUUGCAAGAUUAGCUCUUGACUGUAACACUCAUAUCACCACAAGGGUUAUUGGAACAUUUGGCUACAUGGCUCCUGAAUAUGCAUCAAGUGGAAAAUUAACAGAGAAAUCAGAUGUAUACUCUUUUGGAGUUGUUCUGCUUGAGUUAAUCACUGGACGUAAGCCAGUGGAUACAUCCCAACCACUGGGAGACGAGAGCCUUGUUGAAUGGGCCCGGCCUCUGAUAAGUCAUGCCAUCGAAACCGAGGAUUUUGAUUCUUUAGCAGAUCCCAAGCUUGGAGAUAACUAUGUAGGUUCUGAAAUGUUUAGAAUGAUUGAAGCAGCGGGAGCCUGCGUGCGCCAUUCAGCUGCCAAGAGACCUCGAAUGGGACAAGUUGUGAGAGCUUUUGAGAGUUUAGCUGGGGAAGACCUUACCAACGGAAUGAGACUAGGCGAAAGCGAGGUCUUUAACUCAGCUCAACAGUCAGCAGAGAUCAGAUUAUUUAGAAGAAUGGCAUUUGGUAGCCAAAAUUACAGUACAGAUUUUUUCACACAUAGUAGUUACAAUAGCAGAGACGAAAACGUGUAAAUAUCAUAUACACACAUUGUUUUUUUCUUUCGCCAUUAGAGGCAACAACCCAUCAAGAACAUCCCAGUUUUGCCUGAAAAAAACUUCCCAUCUUUUACGCCUCAAACCCGCACAUCUUGUUCCUGUAACUAUGGAGAGCAGGUUCCAUCUCAAAGCAGAAUCUUUUCAGAGUUCUUAAAACAGUAAGAAACUAAGAAUAUCUCUCUGGUUUUGAUUUUUCUUCUUGAUUUGUGUUCAGCUUUCUGUUUCCAUGUGGUGAAACUAAAGAGACUACCAAAACAAUUUGUAGAAACAGAGGAUUACAGAGGACUAUGUGGUUGAACAGAAGAUGAGAAAAAGGGAUAGAUGGGUAAUAUACUUAUGUUAUAGGUUUCUUACAUGGAAGUACUUUUGUUUCUAUUUUUGUUUUUGUUUUUAUACCUUUACCUUUUCUGACGUUACUUCCUUGUCAAAUUAUCUCAAUCUUAUACUUAUGAUGAAUCAAUAAGGCUCUAUCUA